AUGUAUGACAACAUCUCUGAUUUCACAAGAUAUGAUGACGACCAUGACCCCGAACACGGUGAAGAAGAAGUUUUACAAACAUCCAUUAAGACAGGAAAGGUUUUAACUCAAAGUCUCAUUAUUGACACCAAAGAUGGCGAAGUGGACGUUCUUCAAGAGCUGAAGAAAAAUACUUCUGAAGGAGGUGAUGGUAGGCAUGAACUUGAAAUAAAUGAGAUAGAAGAGAAAUUAGCCGAAAAAGCAGAUAAAGAACAUAAACACAAUAUCUCCGAUAUAAAUGAACUUCAAGCUACAUUAAAUAGUAAAGCGGACAAAAAUGAACUUGACGCAAUGAACAAAGUUUUGAAAUCUCAUAAACACAAUAUCUCCGAUAUAAAUGAACUUCAAGCUACAUUAAAUAGUAAAGCGGACAAGAACCACGUUCAUUAUAUAACUUCAGAUGAACAGAUUAUAACGGACUAUCAUGGAUAUUUAACACAGGAUGAAGAAGUGAAGACGAAAAAUGUUAAUGAAAGAAGAUAUAAAUUCAUUCGUGCUAAAGGUUAUGACAUACACUGUACUGUACAGUAUGACACAGGUAUAGCACCACAAACAUUUGGUUAUAACGCUGAAAUUUAUGCUUCAUACUUCUUUGUUAACGGUGUAUUAGUUGAACCAAGAUUUAUGUUAAGAGUUAAGGCAAAAAUAACUUUUGAAGAUGCUAUUAAAAGUAAAGCAGAGAAAGAAGAACUUGACGCAACGAACAAAGUUUUGAAAUCUCAUAAACACAAUAUCUCCGAUAUAAAUGAACUUCAAACUUCUUUAGACAGUAAAGCCGACAAGAACCAUACACAUAAAUCCUUCACUACUGUUAGAGCAGACGACAUAAUAUUGAACUUUGACCUUGGUUCAAGUGCACCAUUAGAAAAUCCAAGUACAAGCGUAAAAGAUACUCUUAACAAUUUAGAUAAGAGUUGCAGGAAUAUCGAAGAUCAUGCCAGAAACUUUGAAGCAUAUGAACUACCAACAAUGUUAGAUAAGAAAGCCGACAAGAACCAUACACAUAAAUCCUUCACUACUGUUAGAGCAGACGACAUAAUAUUGAACUUUGACCUUGGUUCAAGUGCACCAUUAGAAAAUCCAAGUACAAGCGUAAAAGAUACUCUUAACAAUUUAGAUAAGAGUUGCAGGAAUAUCGAAGAUCAUGCCAGAAACUUUGAAGCAUAUGAACUACCAACAAUGUUAGAUAAGAAAGCAGACAAAACAGAGCUUCAAACAUUAAAGACAGAAAUACUUCAAACAUUAUAUCCUAUAG